AUGAAAAGAAAGCCUUUAACGGAGUUCACUACACCCUUAGGGUCAGGAGCAGGUAUACCUAAGGAAAAGCGUCCUCCUCCUGUCAAGAAUGGUCUUGAAAGGCUAUCACAACCAUUCAAAGUUCCGUUUGCCAAUAGAUCACAAGCAUUUGGGGCUGAUUCUACUACCAGAGGAAUACCUAUCAGAGAAGCGAGAAGCAAGGUUAAAAGUUACAAUAUUUUAGAUGGUGAUAGUAUAAGCAACGAAGAUUAUGGUGUUGAUGAGAACGGAAAUAUUAUUCAUACCACGAAGAGAUUUGGAGCUUUACUCCCAAGGCAGAUCUUACAAGGUAACAAUGCGUCAAAUAGAGAAAUGGUAUUGAAAAGAUCCUUUAUAGUUCCAUUUUCCAAAACCAAUAAGAAGAAAGAUGAAUUUGUUGACAGGGGCCCCCCGCCACCUUUAGGAACAAAGAGAAAAGUGUUCGUUCCUCCAAGAGCGUUACACGAUCCAACAAGUGAGUUUGCAAUCGUACUCUAUGAUCCUACAGUGGAUGUAGUGCCAUCUACCGAAAGUAAGGAAGGUGAAGAUGGAAGAGACUCCUCUCCGGACGUGUCAGAAGAAAACAAAGAGAACAUAGUAGAACAGCAGGCUAAAAGAAGAAGGACUCACAAAUCACUUGCUGAGAUCUUAGGUAUAGUGAAGAAUCCAGAAGAAGCAGCCUCAAAAUAUCCUGACGUUCCGGUCGUCAUAGAUCCUAGAUUGGCAAAAAUUUUAAGACCACAUCAAGUAGCAGGAGUCAAAUUCUUAUAUCGAUGUACAGCAGGUUUAGAAGACCCAAGGGCCAAAGGAUGUAUCAUGGCUGAUGAAAUGGGGUUAGGUAAAACAUUACAAUGUUUAGCUUUGAUGUGGACGCUAUUGCGCCAGAGUCCAAGAGGAAAGAGAACGAUUGAAAAAUGUAUAAUUGUCUGUCCGUCUUCACUAGUCAAAAAUUGGGCCAAUGAAAUCGUUAAAUGGUUAGGAGAAGGUGUUUUAACUCCAUUAGCUGUUGACGGUGAUCGGACUAAGUCCAGCGACUUAGGACUUGCAUUACAACAGUGGUCGGUCGCAAGGGGGAGAAAUAUCGUGAGACCAGUUUUAAUCAUCUCGUACGAGACUUUAAGAAGAAAUGUCGAUAAGCUUGCCAAUACAGAGGUAGGUUUGAUGUUAGCUGAUGAAGGGCAUAGAUUGAAAAAUGGGGACUCUUUGACUUUUACAGCCUUAAAUUCUUUGAAAUGUGAUAGAAGAGUAAUACUAUCAGGGACACCCAUACAAAAUGAUUUAUCAGAGUACUUUUCUCUAUUAAAUUUUGCUAAUCCAGGAUACCUUGGGACUAGAAAUGAUUUUCGUAAAAACUUCGAGAAUGACAUCUUGAGAGGGAGAGAUGCAGAUGCAACUGAUAAAGAGCGAGAGAAAGGAGACACGAAAUUAGGUGAGUUGUCACGACUAGUUUCAAAAUUUAUCAUAAGAAGGACCAAUGACAUCUUAUCGAAAUAUUUGCCAAUAAAAUAUGAAUACGUUGUAUUUGUAGACCUAUCACCAAUGCAGAAGAAACUUUAUGACUAUUUCAUAACAUCUCCAGAAAUAAAGAAGCUUUUGAGGGGCGUCGGGUCGCAACCGUUGAAAGCAAUAGGGUUGUUGAAGAAACUUUGCAAUCAUCCGGAUUUACUUUCCUUGCCGCAGGACAUAGAAGGCUCUGACGAUUUGAUACCCGAUGAUUAUACGUCAUCAAUUAGCGGUGGAGGAAGAAAUAGAGAAGUGCAAAGCUGGUUCAGUGGAAAGUUUAUGAUUUUAGAGAGAUUCCUUCAUCAAAUCAAUAGUGAGACCGAUGACAAGAUAGUCCUUAUUUCCAACUAUACACAGACUCUAGACUUGAUUGAAAGGCUCUGUCGCUAUAAAAAAUAUGGGUGCUUGAGGCUUGAUGGAACCAUGAAUAUAAAUAAGAGACAGAAAUUAGUUGACAAAUUUAAUGAUCCAAAUGGAAGUGAAUUUAUAUUUUUGUUAUCUUCAAAAGCUGGUGGAUGCGGUAUUAACCUAAUUGGUGCAAAUAGACUCGUAUUAAUCGAUCCAGAUUGGAACCCUGCUGCUGAUCAACAAGCAUUGGCGAGGGUUUGGAGAGAUGGCCAAAAGAAAGACUGCUUUAUAUACCGAUUCAUAUCAACCGGCACAAUUGAAGAAAAGAUAUUUCAGAGACAAUCUAUGAAAAUGUCACUCUCAAGCUGUGUAGUUGAUGAGAAAGAAGAUGUUGAAAGGCUUUUUAGUUCGGACAACUUGAAACAACUAUUCCAGUUUCAACCUAAUACAGUUUGUGACACCCAUGACACGUACAAUUGCAAAAGAUGUAAGAACGGAGAGCAACAUAUUAAAGCCCCAGCUAUGCUUUAUGGUGAUGCAACCACUUGGAAUCACUUAAAUAACAGCUCUUUAGAGAAAAACGAAGAUAUGUUGGUUAGGAACGAAAGUCAAUUCAACGAUGUUACCUUUGCUUUCCAAUAUAUUUCUCACUAA